AUGCUCAUCCCCCUGGAGACCGGUCAGGUGGACAUGGAGGUGAAGGUCGUGAGCAUCAAAACCUGGGACCAUGUGAGGAAGACCAAUCUGGUCCAGGAGUGUGGCAAGGCCUUCACUCAGUCAUCAAGCCUCAGUAGACAUGCAAUCAUUCACACUGGAGAGAAACCUUAUAGAUGUAAAGAAUGUGGAAUGGCCUUUUUUUGGGCCUCAAGACUUAGUUUACAUAGGAGAAGUCACACUGGAGAGAAACCGUAUAUAUGUAAGGAAUGUGGGAAGACCUUUGCUGUAGCCUCAAGUCUUAGUGUACAUAGGAGAAUUCACACUAAACAGAAACCGCAUAUAUGUAAGGAAUGUGGAAAGGCCUUUGCUGAAUCCUCAACACUUAGUAUACAUAGCAGAAUUCACACAGGAGAGAAACCGUGUAUAUGUAAGGAAUGUGGAAAGGCCUUUGCUAGUGCCUCAGGACUUAGUGUACAUAGGAAAAUUCACACUGGAGUGAAACCAUAUAUAUGUAAGGAAUGUGGAAAGGCAUUUGCUAGAGCCUCAGCACUUAGUGUACAUAGGAAAAUUCACACUGGAGAGAAACCGCAUAUAUGUAAGGAAUGUGGGAAGGCCUUUGCUGAAUCCUCAACACUUAGAAUACAUAGCAGAAUUCACAGUGGAGAGAAACCGUGUAUAUGUAAGGAAUGUGGAAAGGCCUUUGCUAGCGCCUCAGGACUUAGUGUACAUAGGAAAAUUCACACUGGAGUGAAACCAUAUAUAUGUAAGGAAUGUGGAAAGGCAUUUGCUAGAGCCUCAGGACUUAGUGAACAUAGGAAAAUUCACACUGGAGAGAAACCGUAUAUAUGUAAGGAAUGUGGGAAGGCCUUUGCUGAAUCCUCAACACUUAGAAUACAUAGCAGAAUUCACAGUGGAGAG